CCUAUUUUCGGGGGAGAGUCGGCACUCAGGAAACUGUAGGAGACUGGUUACUACCAGCUCAGCUCUCACUUCAAGGGGAUCGUUUUGCUCGGUGUUGAAUCGUCUGCUUUAUACCUAGAAAAAGUCUCUUGGUGGGUGUCACGCGUUUGGGGGCUUACUAUCGUCAGUAGAUAGCUCGAGCCCACAGCGCACGGGGUCUUGCACCAUGACGACCAAAGCAGCAGUGUGGACUGCGAUUUUUGUUCUCAGCAUUGAGCUUGCUGCGGCACAACUGUGUCCAGUAAAUCAGUGCACUGAUCAGAGCUUAACGUGCCACACCAGAGAUGUCCCCGGCCAACUCAACUUCAUUUGUGAAUGUAGCCAGCCCUUCCGAGUUGGCGUCAACUGCGAUCAAAAUUUAGAUAAUCAGCAAGUCAUCACUUGUUAUGGUGAAUCUUGUGCCACGGGUACAUUUGCCUCACAAAAUUACCCCAACCCAUACAAUCCCCGCUUCAUUGCUGUGUACCUACUCUACAUCCCUGGAGCUGCUGAAAUUGUCUUCUCCUUUGACUCACCUUUUGGUGUGGAGUCACCCAAGGAUGAGUUGUACAUUGGGAGGGGUGUCACACCCGUCAUCAGUGAAUUGCGGGGAGUGUCCAAUCCCCCAGACUUGUACUUCUUUGAUGGGCGGAUAACCCCAACCGGCUCGUUCAGCAUCUUUUCUGACACCGCCUUUCUCUACUUCUUGACGGAUAAGAAUAUCGAGUAUGAAGGCUUCCGGGUACGCUGGUUCACAGUGGACAACAUCCCCCCAGUGAUUGCUUGUCCGGGCGACAUAAUGCAGACUAUCACCACAGGCAACCGCAAUGGAGGAAUAGUGAACUGGUCCCCAGCGACUGCAUCCGACAACUCUGGGGUAGCACCAACCGUGACGCUCACGGUAGGUCAGCCACCUGGCUCCUUCUACCAGUUCGGCUUGCACUCUCUUACCUACACGGCCACUGAUGCCAGUGCCAAUUCUGCGUCAUGCACCUUCUCCAUUACCGUUGUUGAUGGAGUGAAUCCUGUUAUCACGAGCUGCCCAAAUGACAUUUUCAUGGAGGUGGAUUUCAAUGUUGGAUCGGCAAACGUCUUCUGGCAGGCCGUCACGGCGACUGACAAUUCCGGCACACCUCCGACUGUGACAAUGACUCACACCUCCGGACAGAGUUUUCUGGUUGGGCAGACCACGGUAGUGUACACCUUCAUGGAUUCAGCCAGAAACAGUGCUGAGUGUCGAUUCAAUGUCGUUGUGCAACAAAGAGAGGACAAUCUCCCCCCAACAAUUGUUUGUCCAGGCAAUGUCAUGCAGACUAUCACCACAGGCAACAACAAUGGAGGAACAGUGACCUGGUCCCCAGCGACUGCAAGCGACAACUCUGGGGUAACACCAACCGUGACGCUCACGUUAGGUCAGCCAUCUGGCUCCUUCUACCAGUUCGGCUUUUACACUCUUACCUACACGGCCACCGAUGCCAAUCUCAAUUCUGCGUCGUGCACAUUCACCGUUACCGUUGUUGAUGGGGUGGAUCCUGUUAUCACAAGCUGCCCAAAUGACAUUUUGAUGCAGGUGGAUUUCAAUGUUGUAUCGGCAAACGUCUUCUGGCAGGCUGUCACGGCGACUGACAAUUCCGGCACACCUCCGACUGUGACAAUGACUCACACCUCCGGACAGAGUUUUCCGGUUGGGCAGACCACGGUAGUGUACACCUUCAGGGAUUCAGCCAGAAACAGUGCUGAGUGUCGGUUCAAUGUCGUUGUGCAACAAAGAGAGGAUAGCACUCCACCUACAAUCCAGACAUGCCCAUCUAACAUCAACCGGGAGGUAUCUCUUGGUGUUCCAGGUGGAAUUAUCAACUGGACACCACCGACUGCCACUGAUAAUUCGGGUCAGACACCCACUGUGUCAUCCACUCACACCCCAGGAUCCACCUUCACUGUCGGCACAACUACAGUUACUUACACUUUUCGAGACCAGGCAGGCAAUACCAACGUCUGUCAGUUUGAUGUCACAAUAACAGCAGUGGAUAGCACUCCACCUACCAUCCAGUUGUGCCCAUCUAACAUCAACCGGGAGGUAUCUUUGGGUGUUUCAAGAACAACUGUCACCUGGAUACCACCGACUGCCACUGAUAAUUCGGGUCAGACACCCACUGUGUCAUCCACUCACACCCCAGGAUCCACCUUCACUGUCGGCACAACUACAGUUACUUACACUUUUCGAGACCAGGCAGGCAAUACCAACAUCUGUCAGUUUGAUGUCACAAUAACGGCAGUGGAUAAUACUCCACCUGUCAUCCAGCUCUGUCCGUCAAACAUUAAUCAGGAGAUACCUUUAGGUGUUGCAAGUACAGUUGUCACCUGGACAGAACCAACUGCCACUGAUAAUUCAGGUCAGACACCCACAGUGACAUUCACUCACACACCAGGAUCCACCUUCACUCUCGGUGUGACUUCAGUUACCUACGUAUUUCAAGAUCAGGCGGGGAAUUCCAUCGUCUGCCAAUUUGAUGUGACAGUGACGUCAGUGGACCUCACUGGCCCUCAGAUAAUCUACUGUCCUCCUGACGUGACUCGCACCAUCCUACGAGGCACUGGUCCUGUCAUUGUCACGUGGCAAGAACCGUCUGUGAUUGACAAUUCGGGUAUUGCACCCAGUGUGUCCAACACUCACAAUUCUGGAGAUUCCUUCUCUGCCACUGUGAGUACGUCCGUCACCUACACGUUCACCGAUGCCGCUGGCAACAGCGCCAUAUGCACAUUCACCAUAUCAAUUACUGAAGUGAAUCCUUGCGACACCCAACAGUGCCAAAAUGGUGGGAUGUGUGUCCCUAGUUCGCUGGAGGCAAUUCGCUGCGUCUGCCCAGCUUGUUACUCGGGAGAUCGCUGUCAGAUUUUCGCCGAUGCCUGCCAGUCCAACUCUUGCCAGAAUGGUGCUCAGUGUGUAGCUGUGGCAGGGUCCUGCACGGCUUACGAAUGCCAGUGCACAGGAUGUUUCACCGGAACGUUCUGUACAGAAGCUUCAAGCAGCUGCGCCAACCACCAAUGCAAUAAUGGCGCUGUGUGCACUGUCAACACCAACAACUGCCUAGAGUACAUUUGCAACUGUCCUCCAUGCUUCCAGGGGCAAUUUUGUGAACUGGCCAUUAAUCCCUGCCAGAAUCACAACUGUCAAAACGGUGGACAGUGUCAGCCAACCGUUUCCAACUCGGAAUUCUCCUGCACGGAGUACAGGUGCCAGUGCCCGCCUUGCUUCAUUGGAGCAUUCUGUACUCAACCCCGUGAUCCCUGUCAGCCGAAUCCCUGCAGCAAUGGGGGUCAGUGUUCGGCUCUCUCUACCUCCUGUUUCUCCUACUCCUGCCAGUGCGUAGGCUGCUUCACUGGCUACAACUGCCAAGUGGCUAUUUCUUCGCCUUGUCAAACUAAUCCUUGCUUGAACGGUGGGCAAUGUUCAGUAGUUGUUGGAGCCUGUACAACGUACACAUGUAACUGUCCAGCUGGGUUUAACGGAGUCAACUGCGAGAAUGUGGUGACAGUCAAUCCGAAUGCUUGUAACAGCUUCCCCUGCCAGAAUGAUGGUACCUGUCUCACUAUGGAUGGUGCUUACUACAUCUGUCUCUGCCCCAAUCAGUACGUUGGCCUCAACUGCCAGUACUUCCAAGCGACCACACCUGGUUCGAUAGACGCUUGUGCAACAUCACCAUGCCAAAAUGGUGCCAGAUGCAUCAACAGCUACAACAGCAUCAGCAAUAUCAUCUUUGGCAACUCCCAGACCUACACCUGCGUUUGUACGGACGGAUUCACAGGUGCAAACUGCGGAUCGCUAACAGUGAGCUUUCCCUUGCUCAACAUCUGUCUGCUGGGAACCAAACCACCAUGCCAGCGUGGGGCAACAUGCUCCAAUGCGUACCAUAGCUAUGACCAAGACGUUGAUUAUGUCUGCAACUGCCCUGUUGGAUUUGUUGGUCACAACUGCGAACUCCAAGUACCAGAUCCAUGCUCCAGUGGACCCUGUCAAAAUGGUGGCCAGUGUCAGGUCUUGCAGAACGCCUUCCUCUGCAUUUGCCAGCCUGGAUUCUCUGGCACAAGAUGCGAAAACUCACAAGUGGACACCCAGCCGCCAGUCAUCAUCAACUGCCCCAAUGACAUCUCCCAAACCACUCCCAACCCCAAUGGCCAGGCAGUGUUCUGGACUCCCCCCACUGCCACAGACAACGCCGGCGUGCCGACCAUCUUCUAUCAGUCCCACAGCCCAGGCAGCCAGUUUGCAGCUGGAGCCACCCUUGUCAGCUACAUUUUCGUGGACAGCUCGUUCAACUUUGACGUCUGCCAGUUUUACAUCUUUCUCAUGACGGCCAGUGUUGACACUGUUGCCCCAAUUAUAACUGGCUGUCCCUUCGGUCAGACGGUCAAUGCUCCUGCUGGAUCCACCACAGCCAUCGCCGGGUGGAUCGAACCCACAGCCACAGACAACUCGGGUCAGCAGCCACAGCAAACCAGGUCCCACGGUCCUGGCACGGCUUUCCAGCUUGGCUACACUGAAGUAAGGUACACAUUCAGAGAUGCAACGGGGAACCAGGCCACUUGCUCAUUCCUGAUCAACGUCGUAGGUCAGGAUACAAGCAGCGUGAACGUUGUCAACUGCCCCUCCCAAGGGGUGACUGUCACGGCCCCCCAGGGUGCCACCCAAGCCGCUGUCACCUGGACAGAGCCCACUGCCACUGAUAACUUUGGUCAACUGAUAACAAACGUCAUACGCUCUCACCAGCCAGGCCAACUUUUCAACACUGGUCCGACCCAGGUCACCUACCAGUUCACUGCUAAUUCUGGGAGCCAGGGUGUUUGCCGUUUCACAGUGACUGUCAUCGGUGAGAACAGAUCCUUACAACUAUCAUGA